UCAUUUAUUCUGAGAGGGUCCCCUCAUUUACUCACAAUCACAUCCAAUUAGCUUCAUUUUUUUUCAAAGAAAUUAACCAUUUGUUGGUAUGAAAGGGUCAAGAAGGUGAAGGACAAUCUUGAAAAGAAUAUAUCCAAAGAUUUGGAGGACUUUGUGCCCUUAAUUGCAAAGAAAACUGGGUUGAGAGCUUGGUUCAAGGACACUUUCUGGAGAUGAGUGAAGAUGUGAAGCAUUAUUAACCUCUAUGCUGCCAUUUGAUAAGGACAAUAUGGUAACAUGAUUAUCAAUGAUUGAUGUUCCAAAUCAUGCUUAUGAAGGAUGUCUGAUUGGGAAAUAAUAUAGGAAUUAUUUUCUAAUUAGAAGAUUCAACAGAGCUAAACAACCUUUGGAGUUGGUGCAUACAAAUAUAUGUGAUCUCAGUGAGUUAGAAGAAAGAAAAAAGCUUCAAACUUUUGUAUGCUUUUGAAUCUAUUCUAUAACCAAUAAGAUGAAGGAAGAAGAAGUGAAUCGAUGUCAGAUUCAGGACUGGUACCCGAAAUUUAAAUCUGUAUCCAUUAAAACCCUGAUUCAUGAACUUCCAGAAUCCUUUGUUGACUAUCUUCUUGAUGACCAUGGGCCAUUCCUUCUUCCUGUUUCCAUCACAAAUGAGGAUGCUCUUCCCAAUAGAAUCCAUAAUCCUGAAGAGGAAGAAGACUAUCAAGUAUUGGAAGGCUCUGGAGAUGAAGCAGAACAGCCUCCAUCACCCCCUUCUUUCCCAGAACUUGAAUUGAAGAUUAAAGAAUCAAUUGAACUCCUUGGCGGUUCUGUCUUCCCUAAGUUGAAUUGGAGUGCACCAAAAGACUCUGCUUGGAUUAGCACAACUGGGACUCUCCGGUGCACCUCCUUCAGUGAGAUUGCACUUUUGUUACGAGCAUCUGAUUCAUUAAUCCAUGAUUUGUGCCAUGCAUAUGACUCAUGUAUUGAUAAAUCCUUGUCAAGACCUGCCAAUUUCUACCUUGCCCUACGCAAAUGGUAUCCCUCCCUGCGACCAGAGAUGGAAUUCCGUUGUUUUGUACGGGAUGGGUGUCUAGUUGGAAUUUCCCAACGUGAGGUCACUGGAUUUUAUCCUGGUCUUCUUGAAAAGAAAAACGAUCUUGAAGUGGUAAUAAGGCAAUUCUUUUUAGAUAAAGUGAGUCCAAGUUUUGAAUUAGCAAAUUACACAUUUGAUGUUUAUGUUAAAAAGGAUGAUCGGGUUAAGCUUGUGGAUUUCAACCCUUGGGGUGCAUUCACACUGCCAUUGUUGUUCACAUGGGAAGAGUUGGAGCAGAAGUGUGGGGAAGAGGAAGACGAGGAUGUUGUGGAAUUUAGAAUUGUAGAGAGCCACUGUGCAGUUCGGCCCGGGUUGAAGACUGCUGUUCCCUAUGAUUACUUGGAUGUUAGCCCUGGCAGUGGUUGGGAUCAAUUUUUGAGGAAUGCUGACCAGGAGUUGCAGCGGCAGACCAGAUCCCCAGAAGCAGGUGGUUAACAUUUCAAUUUGCAGGUUCGUAUUGCAGUCCUCCCGCACCCCACUAAAACACAGUAUUUUUAUGUAUUUUGUUUUUAGAUGGUAGGUGAAACAUUUGAUAUAGGUGUUUCAUUUGUGAUGUGCAAAAUCUUAUAUUAUGAUAUAUUUUAUGUUCAGCUCAACUUUGCUUA